UUAUAAAAAAUUUUGUGUUAUAACUUUCUCCAUUAUGUGUCCACUAUUAGAGUAAAACCAAGGUCAUUUUUGUUACGAGAUUUAGUUUUAAUUUGAGAAGGUCGUGGACACACACUACACUCUUUUAAAACUCUUGUUGGCUACAUGCCUUGUGUUGUCUCUCCUGGAUGUUGUCGAUCGUAAAUUAUUAUUUCCACAGGUAGUAUUUUUGUGAAGGAUAAUAACUAGUGGUGUUUUUAUAUUUUUUUUUAUUUUGUGUUUAUGAUAAGUGAACAAGUGAAUAAUUAUAAUGAAGAAUUCAACGGGAUUUAUUUUACUUAGUGUUUUCUUAUUUCUAACUAUUAUUAUUGGUAAUGUUUAUUCACAUUACACACCACAUUGGGCUGUACAUAUUAAAGGUGGACCACAUGUCGCUCAAAAAGUAGCAGCUGAUCACGGAUUUAUAUUUCUUGAUGAGAUAAUGCCAGACUAUUAUCACUUUCAAGGGCAUGGUGUAGCUAGGCGGAGUAUAGAACCACAUGAUGAUCAUCAAGCAAAGUUAGAUUCAGAUCAUCGUGUACAUUGGGCACAACAACAGAAAGCAAAAAGUCGAAAAAAACGAGAUUAUUUAUCGUCAUCAAUCGUUACCAGUCCACAUGUAAAAUCGUCAGUGCAAUUAAAUGAUCUACGAUGGCAAUUUAUGUGGUAUUUGAAUCGUGGAAAAGGUUUAGAUAUGAAUGUAUUACCAGCAUGGGAAGAAGGUAUUACUGGAAAGGGUGUGGUUGUUACAAUUCUAGAUGAUGGGCUAGAAAAGGAUCACCCUGAUCUUAUUCGAAAUUUUGAUCCGUUAGCAUCAUAUGAUGUCAACAAUCAUGAUGAAGAUCCCAUGCCACGAUAUGAUAUGAUCGAUUCAAAUCGUCAUGGGACACGAUGUGCUGGUGAGGUUGCAGCCGCCGCAAAUAAUACAUUGUGUGCUGUUGGUGUUGCAUAUGGUGCAAGUGUUGGUGGUGUAAGAAUGUUAGAUGGUGAUGUCACUGAUGCUGUUGAAGCGCGUUCAUUGAGUUUAAACCCACAGCAUAUUGAUAUUUAUAGUGCAUCUUGGGGUCCAGACGACGAUGGUAAAACGGUAGAUGGCCCUGGGGAGCUAGCAACACGCGCUUUUAUUGAAGGUGUAACAAAAGGACGUGGUGGUAAAGGUUCUAUAUUUGUAUGGGCAUCUGGAAAUGGGGGUCGUGAUAAGGAUAAUUGUAAUUGCGAUGGAUAUACAAAUUCCAUAUGGACAUUAUCAAUAUCUAGUGCUACGGAAAGCGGACAUGUGCCUUGGUAUUCUGAAGCGUGUAGUUCAACGUUAGCAACAACUUACAGUAGUGGUUCAGUUGGUGAAAAACAAGUCGUUACUACUGAUCUACAUCAUUCUUGCACAUCAAGUCAUACUGGAACAUCUGCUUCAGCACCUUUAGCGGCUGGAAUAUGUGCUUUAGCAUUAGAAGCAAAUCCAAAUUUAACAUGGCGCGAUAUGCAACAUAUUGUUGUACGGACAGCGAAAACCGCAAAUCUAAAAGCAAAUGAUUGGCAGGUCAAUGGAGUUGGACGAAAUGUAAGUCAUUCAUUUGGCUAUGGUCUAAUGGAUGCAUCUGCUAUGGUUCGUGUAGCUAGAUCGUGGAAGACAGUUCCGGAACAACAUAAAUGUGAAAUAUCUGCUCAAAUAACAGAUCCAACAAUCCCUCCAAAAAGUAGGAAAAAAUUUAGUUUAAUAGUAAAAAAUUGUCCGGGUGUCAAUUACUUAGAACAUGUUCAAGCAAAAAUUACAUUAACAACAUUACGUCGAGGCGAUCUUGAAAUUAAUUUAACAUCACCAGCGGGUACGCGCAGUACACUACUCGAACAUCGAUUCCAUGAUUUUUCACGACAAGGAUUUUUAUCAUGGCCAUUUAUGUCAGUUCACACGUGGGGUGAAAAACCAUUUGGAGAAUGGAAAUUAGAAAUUCAUAAUGAAGGUAGAACGUUAAAUCGAGCAUCAUUACAACAAUGGUCCCUCGUACUGUAUGGUACUGUUGAGCCUAUUAUCAAAGCGGAUAAAUCGUAUACUUGGCCGGAUACUAAUUAUAUAAACCUACAAAACAAUAUCACUCAAAGUAAACAUACAAAAGGCAAAAAUAAAAAUAAUCCAUCAUAUAAUACCAAUCCAAAAAAAGCAAAAAAUAAGAAUAAAAAUCAAAAAAAUAAUGGUAAAUCGAAUCAAAGAUCGGAUACAUUAUUAAAAGGUAUAUCAAAACCAAAAAUAUACAAACCAGGGAUUGAUUCUGAUUCACAUCCAAAUCAAAAUACUACAUCAACACGUAAUCGACAAAAUCAAAAGAAAAAUCAAAAAUAUCAAAAAAAUUACGAAACACUUACAACUCCUGCUUAUAUAAAGAUACCAAGUGUUUUACAACAAUAUCCUAAAGUGCAACAUAUUUACCCAGCUUUGUAUCCAUAUACAAAGUCGGGUACAAUGAAUACACCAAGAGAUUCAUCAUUAUAUUUUACAAUGUCUGAAAACAGACCAUUGGUGCCUAAAAAUUCAGAAAGUAGUCGUGAUGUACAAAGUUCACAUCGUAAAGGUAAAAAAUAUACGCAAGAAUCAUUGGUAUUGAUCACAAAUACGGAUAUCAAAACACAAAAAUCUAUUGAUUAUGUUAAACCCCAAUCAUCGGAAAAUGUUCAAGGACAAGUACGAGAAGUAAAUACUGAAACAAGUGAAUUACCGUCAACUAUAACGUCCACUGUUGUAACAAAUGGUUCUAUAUCCAAAUUAACCGAAUGGGAGUUGAUCUUACAUGGUACUGAAACCUUACCGAAUGCAGGAAUUACAAAACCAGCAUGGGAUGAAAAGAAUCCUGGUGGAAGCAGUGAAAUUCAAAUUAAUGAUUUAGAUCAAGGCAUGGUUGUUUCAUCAAAUGACCGAUGGCGUGGUGAAGAACCACAGGUUGGCGAAGAACUAAGUCACGUAAAUCUUCAGGACGCAACUGAAAAUGUUUUCAAUUCAUCGGCAUGCGCGAAGAGUAAUGGCCGUAUAUGUUUAGAUUGCCUUGAUGGUUAUGUUCUUUAUUAUGGAAUAUGUAUAAUUCCAUGUCCAAGAGGAUAUUUUACAAUAUUAAAGAAUCAAACAACACCCACAGAAUUAAUGGAAGAAUCCACAAUUGGUAUAGAACGUGUAUGUGAAGAGUGCCAUUAUUCUUGUUUAACGUGUCGUGGACCAAAUGAUUUCGAAUGUACAUUAUGCCAUGAGGAUAGUGUGUUAACGAAUAUAACAGCAACAGAAAGUUAUUGUUAUCCAGCAUUAGUGGCAUAUAAAAUACAUAAUACCAAAUGGUUUUAUAGGACCUAUAUAAUUAUGUUAAUUGCAUUAGUAAUUAUUUUUUGCGCUGGCAGUGAUACCGAAUAA